UGUAGACAACCUCUAAAAUAUAGGGGAGAGAAAAUGAGAAAUGGAUAAGGCGAUACUGAUAUUCUGAUCACUCGUUACAAAGUACAAACUCUAUCUCGUGCGCGGGAAACACCAUUGUAAACCAAGCCUCCUCUCUGCGCCACACCCAAAUGUUUCAGAUCAUUGUUGAAGACUAUAUUUUCGAAAAAUGAAUCGAGCUGUCGUUUGAAUAUUAGCCCGGUUUCGUGCUUUUUUUUUUUGUUAUGCUAUCAUAAGAAUAUCAACAAUAUUACCAACUUAUUAUUAGCAUAUUGUUGGAUUGGAUCAUGACAAUAGUGGGAUCUACAUUGGGUCGAUGUUACAAUUGUUGUACAUAUAAAUCACCAAUUCAUUUGAGGAACUACUACAAUGAGCAAUUGGAUUUCAGAACUUCCUCAAUGCUUGUAUUGAGGCCGAGAAAUCCUGCAAUUUUUAAUGGGUUUGUUGGUGUGGUUUCGAUGAUUAAUGGCUCGAGUGUUAAGCAGCAUUCUCUGAAGUCUGUCGCAUAUGAAAAUCAAGAUGAUGUACUUGAUGAAGAAGAUGAAGAAGAAGGGCUGUGCCCUGUUGAAUGUGUGAGAGAAUUCAAGACUGAUGAAGAAUUCUCGAGAAUUUUAGAGAAGGCCAAGAAGAAGAAUACUUUAGUUGUAGUAGACUUUUACCGUACUUCUUGUGGCAGCUGCAAAUACAUCGAGAAAGGGUUUUCGAAACUCUGCAAAGCUUCUGGUAGUGAUGACGUUCCUGUCAUAUUCUUAAAGCAUAAUGUUAUUGAUGAAUAUGAUGAGCAAUCAGAGGUUGCUGAUCGACUUAGAAUCAAGACAGUUCCUCUAUUCCACUUCUACAAAAACGGGGUUCUGCUAGAAGCAUUUCCAACCAGAGACAAAGAAAGAGUCACAGAGGCAAUCUAUAAGUAUUCGUCAAUGUCAUCUCCUGCACCUCAAGAGAGUACAAACUAGUUCCUUAAACAAACUGUUAUAUAUAUAUACUUGUAUUUCUGUCUAUACACAUAAUUGGUAAUUCAUGAUGACUAGAUGUCCUUAAUUACAUAAGUCUUUAAUAUGAAGUUUACUUCAGCCAACGGUCGGUCUGGGCCGGGGUGAUUGACUGUAUCAGUUACCAACUCAGCAGUCUUUGUCAGGGAAGAUGUCUUGGACUCCCCUUCCCUAACUAAUAAUAAUUUGUACAAUCAUUCUUCGGGGAUGAAUUUCUGUAAAUCAAAAUCUCUUAUGCCAUCAACUGGUGAGAGACAUUGUUGGGUUAAUGUUUUUACUGGUGAUUGAAUAAUUUA